UGUAGUACAUGACGUCACACCUGCGCUGUUCGCUUGCCCCGACAGAGACGUGGCAAGGAACAAUUUUGUAUCAAAUCUCCAAGCGGUUGCCUUAAUAAUUGUGGUGUUUCGUGUGUGAAGUGCAUACGGUCAGCCCGGAUUAUCGACCAGCUAUGGGACUUACGCUGUCGUCUUUGUUCUCGCGUCUUUUCGGGAAGAAGCAAGUUCGUAUACUGAUGGUUGGUCUCGACGCGGCCGGAAAGACUACUAUCUUGUACAAACUGAAGCUAGGUGAAAUAGUGACUACCAUUCCUACCAUCGGCUUCAACGUAGAAACUGUCGAGUACAAGAAUAUAUGCUUCACCGUGUGGGAUGUUGGAGGACAGGACAAGAUCAGACCGCUGUGGAGACACUACUUCCAAAACACGCAGGGACUCAUUUUUGUCGUCGACAGCAACGACAGGGAACGAAUCACCGAGGCACAGGAUGAACUGCAAAAGAUGCUGAGUGAAGAUGAACUGCGAGAUGCUAUCCUACUGCUCUUUGCCAACAAGCAAGACCUGCCUAAUGCCAUGCCUGUAGGAGAACUCACUGAAAAACUGGGCCUCAACCAGCUGAGAAACCGAAGGUGGUACAUCCAGUCAACUUGCGCAACGCAGGGACAGGGUCUCUACGAAGGUCUUGACUGGCUCUCCAACGAGCUCUCGAAAGCAAAGUAACUCCUGCUUCCCUUUUGGCAACAAAGUGAGGCCUAGGGCGGCAACCAGUUUUCCUGAAGAAGAGGAGGAGAAACUAUUUGCAAAGGGGGGAGGGGCAGCUGCCAUCAUGUAAAGUACAGAAGAAAGCUUUCGCCGCACCAUCUCCUCGUGCUUUUGCAAGAAGCACCCGGAGAUCGGAGAUGCUUUGGAAGCUGUCAAACGGCUGGUGGUUCAGCCAGCUUUUUCAACCAGUGCUGCUUGUAAUAUCUUUUUUUUUUAUUAUUUAAAUUUCAGCAAACAGCACUGACGAAAGGAAACUGUACUUGACAUGCUGUUCUUCGAAGCAUGGCACUUUCUUUUCUCUUUUCAUUGUGUUUGGGCAGUAAUAAAUUAUCGUUCCUCUCUUUUUCUUACUGUGCUAAGUUCGCGAAAGUAGUUGGGUUUUCCUGGGGCUGUGUUUGAAACAACUCCGAACACUGUAACGGUGCAUCCGACGCCAAGCUGCUGCUGCAUUUGUCGUCGGGUAGCGAUGGCUGCGACUUCAUAAAAUUUCAGUCCUUCGAGUCUUUUUCUUUGUGCAACAUGCACGUACUGUGCAACAUGCACGUACGAAGGAAGCAAACCAAAAAGUUAGUCAUCUUAAAAUUUUAGUUUACACUUUUCAGGUGCUGUAUUUUUGUUUGUUUGAUGGCGCUGGAGCUCCACCUAGAUUGUGCGUGUGACCUGCUGUGUGUUCUUACUUGUACAUAUUUCUCGGUAGGGGAGAUUUUUUUGUUUGUUUGUACUUGAUCUGUCGGGCAUUUAUGGGACCAACCUGACUUGACUGUAUGUAGGCAUCAUAUAACGAAUAAUGAAAUGUUCUUGUCGCGCAAGUUUCUGUGGCAUAUCAAAGCCUUGCAUGUGUGUUCAAGAAUUUAAAAAAAUUUUGGGGUGAUGACGUAGUUAUUCGAUUCUCUGAAUUUCUGCCACAUUGAAGAACUUUUGACACUAAAAAAAAUUGUUCUUUUUUGGCACCUGUGAUAACUGCACCUCUGUUUGUCUGGUUGAUUUUGCUGUUCUAAGUUCCAGAGUCAUGUUGCCUAGGCCUGACAAGUCAUGUAAUAAAGUAUAGGACGAAAU